AUGGCCCGAGCGGUGACUAAUUGCCGCAAAGCGGUCUAUCGAAUUCGAUCAAACCUUCAACGAUUUGGAGAUGCGAAAGCGCCGCCAAAUCCCCCUAGACAACAGCAGAUAAUCACGCCAACAAUGCUCAAAGCAUUGUGUGAUCAUCUUCUGGAACAUCCGACAUUAUAUUUAAAUGAGAUGGCAGAUUUUCUGUCAAAAAAAUUUGACGAAGAUAUGGCAAUUUGCACCAUCAGCAGGGCUCUUGCCUCAAUCGGUUGGUCUAAAAAGGUAGUACGACAGAAAGCAAAAGAGCGUAACAGGGCUUUGCGUGAUGAGUAUAUCCAUUAUAUUUCAGACUUCGGCGCGGGACAAUUGGUGUUUGUGGACGAGUCAGGAUGUGAUAAACGUGUGGGACUCAGACGAACAGGUUGGUCACCUCUGGGUAUGGCACCAAUUCAAACAUGCAAGUUUCAUCGCGACCGUCGCUAUCAGAUUUUGCCUGCAUAUGCCCACGAUGGUAUCGUUCUUUCUCGUAUCUUUCAGGGCUCAACAGACGCGACAAUGUUUGAGGACUUUAUUGAGCAGCUUCUUAAACAUUGUGGAAAAUGGCCGGAACCGAAAUCCGUUCUAGUUAUGGAUAAUGCAUCCUUUCAUCACUCGGACCGAAUAAACGAGAUGUGCUCCAGAGAAGGAGUGAAGCUGGUGUACCUACCACCGUACUCACCGGAUCUUAAUCCUAUCGAAGAAUUUUUUGCUGAGCUCAAGGCCUUCAUAAGGAGAAAUUGGCAAGUUUAUGAGGAGAACCCUGAUCAAGGUUUUGAUCACUUUCUGCAAUGGUGUGUUAAGAUUGUUGGUGCGCGAGACCAGAGUGCCAAAGGCCAUUUCCGACAUGCAGGACUGGUAAUAGAAGAAUAUGCAUUGGAAAACGAUGUCACAGUGCACACUCAACUCCACCAAUAAAGCGCAGAUCUCAGAU